CCUAACUCCGUUCUGCUCGGCGAUCUCCUACCUGCCCUGUCCACCGUAACUCCUUCCGCUCGGCGAUCUCCUACCUGCCCUGUCCACCCUAACUCCUUCCGCUCGGCGAUCUCCUACCCGCCCUGUCCACCCUCACUCCUUCCGCUCGGCGAUCUCCUGUCCACCCUAAUUCCGUUUGCGGGGGCCGGCUUCCUGCCGCGGGUCCGAUUCACAGGCCUCAGGGUUGUCCUGGAAACCGCCAACUUCCGGCGCCGGGGGGAGGAGCUAAGAUGGCGGAGGAGACGCUUGUGGCGAAGCUUCCGUUUCCCGCAGCUGCUGAGGCUCUGAAGCCCCGGCCCAAGAAAGCCCCAGCCGCCGAGUUCCCAAUUCUGGAGAAGCAGAACUGGCUGAUCCACCUGCACUUCAUCCGGAAGGACUACAAGGCCUGCAAGGCCGUGAUUCGGGAGCAGCUCCAGGAGACGCAGGGGCUGUGCGAGUACGCCAUCUACGUGCAGGCGCUCAUCUACCGCCUGGAGGGGAACAUCCAGGAGUCGCUGGAGCUCUUUCAGACAUGCGCCGUGCUCAGCCCGCAAUCUGCAGACAACCUCAAGCAGGUGGCCAGGUCGCUGUUUCUCCUGGGGAAGCACAAAGCCGCCACUGAGGUGUAUCACGAGGCAGCCCGGCUCAGCCAGAAGGACUGGGAGAUCUGCCACAACCUGGGUGUGUGCUACAUCUACCUGAAGCAGUUUGGCAAGGCCCAGGAGCAGCUGCACCGUGCGCUGGAGCUGAGCAGGCAUGACCUGACCUACGUCAUGCUGGGCAAGGUCCACCUGCUGGAGGGCCACCUGGACAAGGCCAUCGAAACCUACAAGAAGGCGGUGGAGUUCUCCCCAGAAAACACAGAGCUCCUCACCACACUGGGGCUGCUCUACUUGCAGCUUGGCCACCACCAGAAGGCCUUUGAGCACCUGGGCAAUGCGCUGACCUACGACCCCACUGACUACAAGGCCACCCUGGCGGCUGGCAGCAUGAUGCAGAGCCACGGGGACUUCGAGGUGGCCCUCACCAAGUACCGGGUGGUAGCACACGCGGUCCCCGAAAGCCCUCCGCUCUGGAACAACAUCGGCAUGUGCUUCUUCGGCAAGAAGAAGUACGUGGCGGCCAUCACCUGCCUCAAGCGAGCCAACUACCUGGCGCCCCUGGACUGGAAGGUGCUGGCCAACCUGGGCCUGGUGCACCUGACCAUGGAGCAGUACGCCUCGGCCUUCCACUUCCUGAGCGCUGCACUGCGUGUGCAGCCCGGCCUGAGCGAGCUCUACAUGCUGCUGGCCGUGGCCCUGACCAACCUGGAGGACAUGGACAACGCCAAGAAGGCCUACGCCGAGGCUGUGCGCCUGGACAAGUGUAACCCGCUGGUGAACCUCAACUACGCGGUGCUGCUGUAUAAUCAGGGGGAGAGGCAGGGUGCCCUGGCCCAGUACCGCGAGCUGGAGAGGAAGGUUGGCGCACUCAAGGACAGUGGCGCCACUGACUUCGACCCUGAGGUGCCCGCCCUGCUUGUCCCUGUCACUGGGACGCGUCUCCCUAUGGCCAGAUGGUGGAGAUGGCGCAGAAGCUGGGCGCCACCCUGCAGGUCGGAGAGGCGCUGGUCUGGACGAAGCCGGCCAAGGACCCCAGGGCCAGGCUCCGGCCCCCCUCCAGCAGCAGGCCCGCUGUCAUGCAGCUGCCUCUGGGCUCCAACCAGGCUCUGGGUCGUGCCAUGUCCUCUGCGGCCGCCUGCAGGAAGCUGCCCGCAGGUGCCGUGGCUAUGCCCCCCAAGCCGCCGUCUCUGCCACUGGAGCCAGAGCCUGCUGGGGAAGUGCGGCCAGCAGAGAAGUAGGAGCACCCAGCAAGAGUGCGGAGGGGCAGGGGUGCCCCUAGAGGGGGGUGGCGGUGCUGGCCGCACAGGCAGGACACAGGCCGAUGGACUCGGAGCAGGCCGAGCCAUGCGUGGACAGACUCUGCUGCCCGGUGGCCCUGAAGGAGGCGAGUCCCUGGCUGUGGGGUCUCCCUAGCCAGCAGGCCUGGAGCACUGGGGCUUGCCCUCCAUGAGCCCAGGGCCCCCAGGGUCCGGCCAUCCCUGAGCAGGGAGUAAGGGCUGGUCAGGAACAGCAAAUGUUGUCAGGAGGGAGGAGGGAGAGCUGUGGCCACGGGGCCUGAGCACAGUCAGCAGUGCCGUCGGCACGGGGUCUCCUGUCUCUGUCCGAGGGCAUGACUGUGCCGUGAGAGCUGCUAAUAAAGGCCUGUAGAGCA